AUCUCUCUCUCUCUCCGUCUCCCUCUCUAAACAAUGAAUUUGCGAGCGAAGAAGCUGCGGUUCUCGCGCAUGUUCCGGCCCUCCUUCGCCGCCUCCUGCAGCUCGCGCACCAUCGCCCAAGUCAUCCACCGGUCCGUCCCCGUUCGCCGACCGCCCUCCUCGCCGCCCGAUUCCACCCGGACCAUCUUCAGCGACUCCGACACCGUCUCCCCCUCGACCUCGAACGACUCCCGGUUCCCGCGCCGAACCUCGUCCGAGCGGUAUCCGCCGUCCGUCCUCAGGGACGACGACCACCUCGGCCGCCGGUGCCCUCCUUCGACGCCUAUCACUCCAUUUGUCAGACGACUACCCCGGCCGCCGGUGCCCUCCGUCGGAGAAAUUAAUAACAGAAGUCGAGUCGAACACACCGAGAAGAAGGCGACGAAGGAGGAGGAGAAAGAGAAGUGCCCGUACAGCUCGUCGACCACGUCGCGGGAGGACUGGUUCAGCAGCGACGACGAGAGCGACGCGCGCCUCUCCUCCUCCCGCUCCCUCUCGUCGGACUCCUCCGAGACCCGCCGCCGGCGCCGGCGCCGGAGAAGGAGCGGCGCGGCCGGGGCCGGGGCGCCGCGGCUGGCCGGCAGGGAAAUCGAGGACAGCUUCGCGGUGGUGAAGCGGUCGAGUGACCCGCGGGGGGACUUCCGGCAGUCGAUGGUGGAGAUGAUAGUGGAGAAGGAGAUGUUCGGGGCGGAGGAGCUGCAGAAGCUGCUCGAGUGCUUCCUGGCGCUGAACUCGCACCACCACCACCGGGUGAUCCUGCAGGUGUUCGCCGAGAUAUGGGAGGUGCUGUUCUCGAGCCGGUCGUGAGGCCUGCAAUUUCUCUUUCGCAUGUUUCGUUUGUCGGGUGCUGUCGUGUGUAGAGAUAUGUAGUUAGUGUCCCAACUUGCAUUGACCCGAUUGAUCCAGCAGGAUCAUCAUCGUAGUUUUGCUUGUAUAUUCCUAUCAUCAUCUUUCCGAUUCUCGUA